UCCACGAGGAUUUUAGUUUAGUGUGUCGUUAAAUUUUCAAGGUGACUAUAGCUCCGUUCUGUUAUCCUUAUACAAAAGUUUAGUUCUACAUCUGAUUGCUUUAAUAGCGAUAUAUUGUGUUUGUGAAAAUGUCGCGUGAGAACGUCAAUGUUAAGGCAGGUAAUUUAAAACGAGAAGAGUUUCAAAAAUACCUCGCUCGAACUGGAGUAACAGAAAUGUUAACUGAUUUAUUAAUAUCUUUGUACAAAAAAGAUGAACGACCUGACGAUGUAUUCGAUUAUGUUCGAAAAUAUUUAUCGAAUUAUCGCAAAGACGAUAAAAACUUCAAUAUUGACAGUUUGAAAAAGGAAUUGAUUGACGCAAAAUCAAGAGUUAAGGAUCUGAAAAAAAAAAUUAACAAACUCGAAAACAAAGAUUCUAUGAUUAACCAACCGAAUAAGUCUAAUGUGCCAAAGUCAGCUUCAAAAUGAUUUUGAUGAUUACAACUACAUAAAUAACACGCGUAGUUGUAUUACUCAUUAUGCAUUUGUCUUCGGUUUUAAUAAAUUUGUCUUAGGUUUUUCUUUGAAAUAAUAAAUUUGAGAAUGAUAAAUAAUUUUAAAAUAAUUAAAACUACAAAAUUACUAGAAAUAACUGUCUUUAUAUAUUGCUUCUG